CACUUCCUCUCUCCUCACAGAGGCUAUAACGUCGGUGACGGUGAAACGAAACAAAUUACCAAUAGCAUCUGACAACCUAACCCUGACCUGUGACGUCACCGGGCACUAUGACACCAUCUACUGGAUGAAGGACAACCGGUCUCUGGUCCUGAACAACACCUUGAACUCUGACAUCACCAUCUCUAACAACUCUCUGCACUUCAGUCCAGUCAAGGUGUCUAACGAUGGAAACUAUCAGUGCGUUGCCACCAACCUCUUUGGUCCACACACCAGCCCUAAAUACCAGCUACUGGUGAACUAUGGCCCUAAGAGUGUGAAUAUCUCUGGCCCAGUCUCAGUGGUGAUUGGCUCAGUAAUCACAGCUACACUGAAGUGCUCUGCUGACUCCCGGCCAACCAGCGAGUACGGGUGGAAAUUCAACAACCAAUCAGUGCUUGGGACUGGUCCUAUGAUGUCUGUUAUCGCCUCCUUGGAGAAUGCAGGGGACUACACUUGUGUGGCCAAGAACCCUGUGACCAACAUCUCAAUGUCCAAUACCAUUAGUCUGGAUGUCACUGGCCACUCGCCUGCCCCUCCAUUCCAGUCCAGAGUUGGUCUGAUGCUGAUGGCCCUGCUAGCCCUCUCUCUCUGCAUCUGAUCAACCACUGAGACCACCACAGUAAGCACACUGCAUGUCUGUCUGCUGGUUGGGAGCCAAUCACUCCCUUCCCUCUACCCUCACUGACUCACAUUGUUGAUCUGAAAAAGGACUGGAUAGAAAUAAGUGGUUUUGUUGAUAUUGUAAUUGCCCCUUCUUGCCACCAUAGGGCUGGGUUUAGUAUGCUCAGCUCCUUUCCAAUGCUUUUAGAUUGUGAGGAGAGAGUCAACAAGAGGUCAGAUGGGAGGGGUCUAUCCCCUUAGAAUAGAACCCACCCCUACAACGUGUUUUUGUGUCAAUCAUCUCUAUAAAUAAAAACCAAAAUCUUGAAAACUGGUCUUCAACAUGAUCAUUGAAGGGGCAAACAUCCGCUGCU